CUCGCAAGACUUGAAACCAGAAGCGAGGUUCAGGGUUUGGGGAACAAGUCCAGGAAGCUGCGGCAACUGAUAAGACAGAAAACAUAUGAAGCUUAAAACAAGACAACGUUGAGAACUUACUUCUCUCUUAGAGUUGUGUCGAGAAUUGGAAUUAAGCUUCGAUCGGGCGUCUUGAGAUCUGCCGGUCGGUCCCCUCUAGGACUGUGCUGUGUGGUCGUGGCAGGAACACGCCCUAACUCCUGGAUAUGGCAGGUCUCCGCGGCGUCAAGAUCCUGCUGCUCUGGGCUGGAAUCAUUGGUUUGGCCAAAUGUCAAGAAGCCAAUGGACCAGGUCAAGAAUCCCCUGUACCAGCCAAAGCUACCAUCGCCUCACCUACAACCAGCGACGGGAGAGACGCUUCACCCCUGACCUCACCUGAAGUCACCACAUCGGGCAGCACCCCCCCAGCCAAAGCUACUAUCGCCUCACCUUCAACCAGCGACGGGAAAGACGCUUCACCCCUGACCUCACCUGAAGACCCCACAUCGGGCAGCACCCCCCCAGCCAAAGCUACCACCGCCUCUCCUAAAACCAGAGACAAGAGAGAGGCUUCGCCGCUGACCUCACCUGAAGUCACCACAUCGGGCAGCACCCCCCCAGAUCAAGAACCCCCUGUACCAGCCAAAGCUACCACCGCCUCACCUUCAACCAGAGACAGGAGAGACGCUUCACCCCUGAUCUCACCUGAAGUCACCACAUCGGGCAGCACCCCCCCAGGUCAAAAGCCCUCGGUAUCAGGUCAAAUGUCUGAUGAACCAAGUCAAACGCCCCCGGUAUCAGGUCAAGUGUCCAGUGAACCAACCAAAGCUCCGACCGCCUCGAAUACAACUAGCGACAGGAAAGGCCCUUCACCCCUGACCUCAUCUCGAGUCACCAAGCACAACACCACAUCGGGCAGCACCACCCCAGUGAGUACUUCAGCUCCCAAGCUAACGUGUAAUUACACAGUAAAACCCAUCAAGUUUGGCCUCCAAAUUAACAUCACAAGCUCGGCAGUUAACCCUGUUCCUACCUCCAUAAUGAUUAAUGAAGAAGGGAAACCACAGACUGAAGCAAUACCCUCAGCUUCUCAUUCCAAGCAAAGUUCAUCCCAUGAAAUCAAGCAGCUGAAGCCGUGCACUAAAUAUCAGCUUAACGUGAGACUUGGCGAUAAAGACCAACCAACGCCCUGCCAACCCAUGGCUGCAAAUGAUUCCAUGACAUAUCCAAUAAAUGAAGAGGACAUUAAAGAUGCAGAUUGCAACUCUACCAGCAGCAAAUCCGUGUGUUACCAAUCUGAAUGGGACAUCAGCUCUUUACAAACGACUCCGGAUAUGAUCCCAGAUCUGCAAUGUGGCAACAACACCGUCUGUUUCAAACCUGGUUCUGAUGACAUUUGCUCUACUAUGACUUUAACCUUCACAUCCUGCACCAACACUUCCUUUCCGUUCAACAGAAGCAUCACCCGCGAUUUUUUUGAUGUCAAAAGCAUAAACCAAACUGCUCCAACAAAACUUCCUGCUGAAUUUGAAACAAAAUUACCUUCAAACUGCAACCUCUCCAUUGAUUACACCUGUCGUGUGUUCUAUGAUCGCCUAGGCUUCCCCCUUGAUGAUGACAUAUUCCCUGAGGGUCAUGAUCAUCAACAACAUCGCCCAGAGCAUGGCAGGUUCAAUAAGGCUGAUCUUGGAACACACCGCAGAUGGAUUGACAAAUUCAAUGUGGCUAAGAAUCUGUCUGAGCUCGAGCCUUUCACGGACUACAGGUGUAGCGGUCAAAUCAAGGACAAAAAUGGCACCGUAUACAACACAACUGAAGUUAAAGUCCGGAUCGACUGUGAUCUCAAAGUGGAAUUCACAUGUACAAACACCACCAACACAUCCUCUCAGCUGACUUGGACCACGACCAGUACCAGAUGUAAAGACAUGAGGCAGAAUCUUCCGAAGCUUGCGUACGGCUGUAGCUGUGGAUAUCGUGGACAUUCACGCAAUCUUGGAUGGAAUGAUAAGGGCACUGUACAAGUUUUAAAUCAGCCUGUAGGAGGAACCUGCAAAAUUCCUGAUCUGACGCCAUACACGGACUACACCUGCGAGGUCCAACCCUACUACCCCAUGGGGGACCAACCCUACAACCCCAGGGAGGACCGACCCUACUACCCCAGGGUGGACCGACUCUUGCACCCCAGGGAGGCCAGGUCCCGUCGGACCAGCGAGGUCCAACCCUACUACUACUACUACUACGCUCCAGUCGGGAAACCCGUUUCUGUUCAACUGAAAACUACGAUUGGAGUACCAGUGGCGGUAACAAGCCUGACACCGAUGGUUAAAGACCAUAAUACGAUCACUGUGGAAUGCCAUCAUUCAAAACUCUUCUAUGGACCUUAUGGAAAAUUCAAAGCACAACUUCAUUAUGGUGGUAGCUUUGUGGAAAUAAAACAUGAAAAAUGUAAAUUUGAAUUCAAGGACCUGAAGUACUCUACGAACUACACAGUGAAGGUGAUUGCUGUCAACAGUCUGUUUGAGAGCAAACCCGUCACAAGCCAUAUUUAUACUGAAUAUAAUGACAAAGCUGUCAUUGGUUUUCUCAUCUUCCUCAUCAUCCUCACAUCUGUGGCUCUGCUGCUGGUCGUCUACAAGAUCUGGGCCAUGAGGCGCAGGAAGUCCCAUGACCUGAGUGAGAACAUGAUUCUUAUUUCAACAGCAAAUGAUGAGGAGAACCUGAUGCCCGUCGAGCCCAUUGCAGCAGAGCUGCUGCUGGAAGCCUACAAGAGGAAACUGGCUGAUGAGGCGAGACUCUUCCUGGCUGAGUUUCAGAGCAUCCCCAGAAUUUUCUCCAGGCACUCGGUGAAAGAGGCCAAAAAGUCCUCCAAUGUCCCCAAGAACCGCUACGUGGACAUCUUGCCCUACGAUUAUAACCGUGUCCAGCUGACCACAGGAAAUGGCGACGCAGGAUGUGACUACAUCAACGCCAGCUUCAUUGAUGGGUACAAGGAAGCCAAAAAGUACAUUGCAGCUCAAGGGCCCAAGGAUGAGACUUUGGGGGACUUCUGGAGGAUGGUCUGGGAGCAGCAGUCAUCUAUUAUCGUCAUGGUAACCCGCUGUGAAGAGGGAAACCGGGUCAAGUGUUCACAGUACUGGCCGGCUCCAGAUCGGGAGGCCGAGAUCUUUGAGGAGUUUGUAGUGAAGCUGAACUCAGAGGAGAUCUGUCCGGAUUACACCAUCCGUCACCUCAGCCUAACUAACAAGAGGGAGAAGAGCUCAGACAGGGAGGUGACUCACAUCCAGUUCAUGAGCUGGCCCGACCACGGCGUCCCGUCGGAGCCACACCUCCUCCUGAAACUGAGGCGGCGCGUCAACGCUUUCAAGAACUUCUUCAGUGGCCCGAUCGUCGUCCACUGCAGUGCUGGAGUGGGUAGAACAGGGACUUAUAUUGGCAUUGAUGCCAUGAUGGAGGCUAUGGAGGUGGAGGGCAGAGUGGACAUCUACGGUUACAUGGUCAGACUCCGCAGACAGAGAUGCCUCAUGGUUCAAGUGGAGGCCCAGUACAUCCUGAUUCAUCAGGCUCUGGUGGAGCACAACCAGUUUGGAGAGACUGAGAUCCCACUGUCCGAGGUCCACAGCACACUGAGCACACUCACAGAGAAAACUUCUGAAAGUGAACCCACCCUGAUGGAGGAAGAGUUUGAAAGAGUCCCCACAUUUCAUAAAUGGAGGACGUUCAAUACGGGGAUCACUGAGGAGAACAGGGGGAAGAACAGCCCUUCGUCUGUCAUCCCAUAUGACUACAACCGAGUGCUGCUGAAGCUCAAUGAAGGACGCAGUCAUGACAGUGACCCUGAAGAUGAAGAGGAGGAGUCAUCAGAUGAAGAGGAUGAGGAAUCCUGUAGAUACAUCAAUGCCUCCCAUAUUAAUGGAUACUGGGGCCCACGUGCCCUCAUCGCAGCUCAGACUCCACUGCCGGACACCAUGGCUGACUUCUGGUUGAUGGUUUACCAGAAGAAAGUGUCCACUCUUGUCAUGCUCUCAGAGGAGAAUAAGGAGUCUGACGCUGUGUACUGGGAUAAGGACAAGAAGUCAUUUGGGGACUUGGAGGUGGAGGUGGUGAGCACAGACGCCAUGCCGACCUUCAUCAGACGCAAUCUGAUGAUCCGCCACGUCAAGAAGACAGAGAGUCGCUCGGUGAAGCAGUUCCAGUUCCUGAAGUGGGUGAACAGGGAGCUGCCGGAGACGCCUCAGUGCCUCGCAGACAUGAUGAAGGAGAUCAAGAAGGGCGAUGGAGGCAGCAAAUCACAGACGACCGUGGUCCACUGCAAUGACGGCUCGUCCCGCUCAGGGGUUUUCUGCGCCCUGUGGAAUCUGCUGGACUGCGCUCAGACCGAGAAAGUGGUGGAUGUUUUCCAGGUGGUCAAGACUUUACGCAAAGAGAGACAGAGCAUGAUCUCCAGCCUGGAGCAGUACCAGUUCCUGUAUGACACAGUGCAGAUGGUCUUCCCUGUCCAGAAUGGGGAAGUGAAAGCGGUGCAGGCCUCAGCGGCUGACUCCAUCCAGAUUAUCAGUGAAACCGCAGCAGUCGAGCAGCCAGACAGCGCUGCCAGCAGUCAGCAGCAGGAGGCGGCAGAGAGCACUCACCUGGUGGCUGAGGAAGACAAGGAAGAGGAGCCUGGGAAAGAGUCCUUGCUGAUGGAAGACACCAGCACCGUCCCUCUGGACGUCUGAGGAGCAGCGACACACGGGGCUGAGCCUUUUCCUGAGGAGAUUUGUGCUGCAGCUCAAUCCUUUCUUUUCAGUUUCUCCAUGAAUGUACAGAAACUGUUAAACUCAAUGUGGUUCAGGUUCUGACGUGUUAAAGAAUUUGAUCAAAUGUUUUACUUUUGAAUUACAAAGAGAGAAAAAUAUAAUGUUAGAGUAAGUUAUAAAUAUUUUAGUAGCUAAUGUGUAAGGGUGCAAAUGUGAGCAAAGAUUAUGAAUAACGCUGUCAUCAAACUCCGGACUUUGGAUUUACUGUAUAUUUAAAGGUACAAGAAUACAAAUUUUGACUAUACAAUACAUUGUUUUAUAUCGCAAUAUAACAUGCAUUAUCAGCUGAGAGGGUUAGUUUAUGUUUUGGUUUUCUUGCUAAAUAAACAGAUGCUAUGUUUUCUUCAUUUAUACAGAUAUAUAUUUGAUAUAUCUAAAUAAUUAAGUUUAAAAUUUGUAAUGUA